GGUUAGCCUCUUCACGGAUUUAAAGUAGGUAGACAGUAGAGAACUAAAUACUUAUGUAAAUCCAGAUUUUAUGAUUCAUUAACCAUGAUUAAGUGAGUUGUUGAAUUCAGGAAAGUUUUUGUAUUUAGGCGAUACCUAAAGCAUCCGUGUAACUUUCAGCUACCUAUAGCUACCUCGACCGGCUCUGUACGUACUCUAUAUAAAUGAACUCCAACUUCUCCACCUAAACCAUCAGUCUAGCAAACCAUGGAAGGCGUUGUUCAUCUUCUUCUCCAACCCUAUACCCUCUUGGCGGCCACUCUACUACUCAUUACUGCCCAUUUCCCUCAUCCAACAGUCGCCUAUGAUCCAAACCCUCUCCAGGAUCUCUGCGUUGCAGUCAAUCACUCCAUCCAUGGAGUUUAUGUCAACGGGAAAUUCUGCAAGGACCCUCGCAAAGUGAGCCCGAACGAUUUCUUCUACACGGGCCUCAACGUCCCUCGCAGAACAUCAAACAGGCUCGGCGUCAACGUCACCCUCCUGACGGCGGAUUCGAUCCCGGGCCUGAACACCAUGGGCCUGUCCCUGGGCCGGGUCGACCUGGCGGCCAAUGGCGGGCUCAACCCGCCCCACCACCACCCGCGUGCUUCCGAGAUUUUCUACCUCAUCAAGGGGACCCUCUACGUCGGAUUCAUCACCGCCAACCCCACCCACCGCCUCUUCGCCAAGAUCCUCACCGCCGGCGACGUCUUCGUGUUCCCCCUCGGCUUGAUCCAUUUCCAGUGGAACAUCGGGUCGCGUCAGGCGGUUGGGUUUGCCAUUUUGAACAGCCAGAACCCCGGCGUGGUGACCACGGCGAACACGCUGUUCGGAGCGGUGCCGGCGGUGUUGUCCGACGUUCUGGCCAAGGCGUUUCAGCUGGAUGUGGCCACGGUUGAGUACCUGCAGCAGCUGCCGUGGCAGAACCCGUAAAUAAUCUGACUUUAUUGUUGUUGUCGUUGUUUUGGAUGAGGGGAAGCCAUAAUUAAUCACGCCUCCCUCCCCCAAUCUGCUACGGAGUUGGCCGAAAGCAGCAGGCAAGAACAAGAUUUUACGGGCUACCAAUUGAGCCACCAUGCUACCAUCUGUACCAAAAAACUUCAGUAGCGUAUUCCUCUGGCCCGCAGCUAGUGCCGCAAAUGAGUCAAGCGGCUCGGCGUUCGACUCGAGAAAGUUCGUUCGAAACUCGGUUUGUUAAUAAACGAGCCAAACAUGAGAGUAUGGGGUUUCAACUUGCAAAGAUGUGGGUGUUACUAUUAAAUUAAUAAUGUCUCUAUUGCUACAAGUCGAUGGAUAUGAUAUGAAAACGCUGAGUAAUGAUCAUAUAUAUAUAUUUUAAGUAUAUGCAUAAUUGGCUUCAGGGAUUAAUCUUCAGUUACUUACAUUACUGCAUUUCUCUGAUGAACGAAAUAAGAGUCUUGCCGAUUGAUCUCUUUUGGUAAGUAUUCAAGAAUCGGAUGACAAAGGAAGGUUUCCUCAUAAGAAGCAAUCCUGGCGGAAAAUCAGCAACGACUAGCUUUGUCUUCACCAACGGAUAUUUUGUUCAUAUAUAUAUUCUGUGUAUUUUGAGAAGCAAGGCAAGGUAUUGUAACGGAGAAAAAGAGAGCGGUAGAGGGCUGGUCUUUUAGUUACAAGGUUAUCAACAGUUCAGGGGAAGAGGUUCUUAGCUGUUGAGGGUUUAUACAGAUCGGAUUGUGAUAUGGGGUGGUGGUUGUUUGAUUUUCAUUUUCAUACUCUGUUUCUUUUUAUCUUCUGCUUGAUAGGUAAAAUCAUAAUAAAAAAGAGUCUCUCGGAAAAUAGCAGGUGCUAUUUCCGAGACGAGGAGUGACCAGUAGUUUGGGAACCUCGUUAAAUCGUGUGUUCUUUUCGCAUCAGUUCUGGUUUCAUUCCUUCUUUAUUUUUUGUUCUCUGUUCUUGUUUUAUGGGUUCUGUUUUGUUCUUCCAUUCCUGUCAAAAGAAGGAGAAGAAGAAGAAGAAAGCACAAGCUCAUUUACGCGUAUUGUGUGUUUGGGCUUGAGUGAACAAAGCCCACAUCUGCAUUCUAUUAAUUUUUGUCUUUUACUUUGGGUCAUUUAAUUUUCAGCCCAAUUGAUUUUCAUUGGCUGUGUCUGAGUCGAGUUUCAGAGCUUGAGCUCUUGUCCAUCGUUUUUCCUCUUCUUCACUACUGCUUUUGCUUUGGUCAAAAUCCCUAAAACUCUUCUGUGUCUUUUCAUCAGUGUCCAUGAAACCGUAUCGUACCGGCGGUUAAACUACGAAAUACCAGUAUUGGAGACUAAACCGAUAGGCGGUAU